AUGGACAAAGGGCUGGACGUGAGGUGCGAGGCGUGUCAGAGGUUUUUCCGCGACGGGCUGACGAUCUCAUUCACCAAAAUCCUGACGGAUGAGGCCGUGAGCGGCUGGAAGUUUGAGAUCCAUAGGUGCAUCAUCAGUAACACCCAGCGUCUGGUGGAGCUCUGCGUGGUCAAGCUGGCUCAGGAUUGGUUCCCUCUGCUGGAACUGCUGGCCAUGGCCACCAACCCGCACUGCAAGUUCCACAUUUACAACGGCACGCGUCCGUCCGAGAGCGUUCCUGCGGGAGCGCAGCUCGCCGACGAUGAGCUGUUCGCCCGGCCGCCCGACCCACGCUCUCCAAAGGGUUGGCUGGUGGACCUCAUCAAUAAGUUCGGGACGUUGAACGGGUUCCAGAUUCUGCACGAUCGCUUCACGAGCGGCCAGGCUCUCAACGUGCAGAUCAUCGCAGCUCUCAUAAAACCUUUCGGCCAGUGCUACGAGUUCUUGACUUUGCACACGGUGAAGAACUUUUUCUUGCCCGUAAUCGAGAUGGUCCCACAGUUUCUGGAGAACCUCACAGACGAGGAGCUGAAGAAGGAGGCCAAGAACGAGGCCAAGAAUGAUGCUCUGUCCAUGAUCAUAAAGUCCUUGAAGAACCUGGCGUCCAGAGUUCCGGGUCAAGAGGAAACCGUCAAGAACCUGGAAAUCUUCAGGUUAAAAAUGAUUCUUAGGUUGUUGCAGAUUUCUUCAUUUAAUGGGAAAAUGAAUGCGCUGAAUGAAGUCAACAAGGUGAUCUCGAGCGUGUCUUAUUACACGCACCGGCACGGAAACCCAGAGGAGGAGGAGUGGCUGACAGCGGAGCGAAUGGCCGUAAGAACACUAUCAAUACACAAUCAAUCAAUCAAUCAAUCACUCAAUCAAUCACUGUCACGACUGGACGUGAGGUGCGAGGCGUGUCAGAGGUUUUUCCGCGAUGGCCUGACGAUCUCGUUCACCAAAAUCCUGACGGAUGAGGCCGUGAGCGGCUGGAAGUUUGAGAUCCACAGGUGCAUCAUCAGUAACACCCAGCGUCUGGUGGAGCUCUGCGUGGUCAAGCUGGCUCAGGAUUGGUUCCCUCUGCUGGAACUGCUGGCCAUGGCCACCAACCCGCACUGCAAGUUCCACAUUUACAACGGCACGCGUCCGUCCGAGAGCGUUCCUGCGGGAGCGCAGCUCGCCGACGAUGAGCUGUUCGCCCGGCCGCCCGACCCACGCUCUCCUAAGAUUCUUCACGAUCGCUUCACGAGCGGCCAGGCUCUCAACGUGCAGAUCAUCGCAGCUCUCAUCAAACCUUUCGGCCAGUGCUACGAGUUCUUGACUUUGCACACGGUGAAGAAGUUUUUCUUACCCGUAAUCGAGAUGGUCCCACAGUUUCUGGAGAACCUCACAGACGAGGAGCUGAAGAAGGAGGCCAAGAACGAGGCCAAGAAUGAUGCUCUGUCCAUGAUCAUAAAGUCCUUGAAGAACCUGGCCUCCAGAGUUCCAGGUCAAGAGGAAACCGUCAAGAACCUGGAAAUCUUCAGGUUAAAAAUGAUCCUUCGAAGUUUUAAUUUGGAUUGCUUUCAGUCUGAAGUCUGUUGUAGACUAGGUAAGGUUUAUCAUUACUGUGUCAUGUUUUCUCAGGCUGGUAAACACGAAGCGAUCGUCAAGAACGUCCACGAUCUUUUGGCCAAGCUAGCGUGGGAUUUUUCCCCGGAGCAGCUCGAUCACCUGUUCGACUGCUUCAAGGCCAGUUGGACGAACGCUGGUAAGAAGCAGCGGGAGAAGCUUCUGGAGUUGAUCCGCAGGCUGGCGGAGGACGAUAAGGACGGAGUGAUGGCUCACAAAGUGCUCAACCUGCUGUGGAACCUGGCACACAGUGAUGACGUCCCCGUCGACAUCAUGGACCAGGCUUUGAGCGCCCACAUCAAGAUCCUGGACUACAGCUGCUCGCAGUUCAGGUUUCUGCUGAAGGAUGGGCAGCUGUGGCUUUGCGCUCCGCAGGCCAAGCAGAUCUGGAAGUGUCUGGCGGAGAACGCCGUGUUUCUGUGCGACCGCGAGGCCUGCUUUAAGUGGUACUCCAAGCUCAUGGGUGACGAGCCGGAUCUGGACCCCGACAUCAACAAGGACUUUUUUGAGAACAACGUGCUGCAGCUGGACCCAACGCUGCUCACGGAGAACGGCAUGAAGUGCUUCGAGCGCUUCUUCAAAGCUGUGAACUGCAGAGAGGGCAAGCUGGUGGCCAAACGCAAGGCGUACAUGAUGGACGACCUGGAGCUGAUCGGGCUCGACUACCUCUGGAGGCUCGUGAUUCAAGGCAGUGAUGAUAUUGCCACUCGAGCGAUAGACCUCCUGAAGGAAAUAUACACCAACCUCGGACCAAAGCUACAGGUGAAUCAGGUGGAGAUCCAUGAGGACUUCAUCCAGUCGUGCUUCGACCGGCUCAAGGCCUCGUACGACACGCUGUGUGUGCUGGACGGAGAUAAGGACAGCAUUAACUGUGCCAGACAGGAGGCCAUACGCAUGGUGCGCGUUCUGACGGUGCUCCGAGAGUACAUCACCGAGUGUGACAGCGACUAUCACGAGGAGAGGACCAUCCUGCCCAUGUCCAGGGCGUUCCGUGGGAAGCACAUCACUCUGGUGGUGAGGUUUCCCAAUCAGGGCCGUCAGGUGGAGGACUUGGACAUCUGGUCCCACACCAACGACACCAUCGGCUCGGUCCGCCGCUGCAUCCUCUCUCGCAUCAAAGCCAACAGCACACACACUAAAGUAGAGCUGUUCAUCGGAGGAGAGAUCGUGGACCCCGCUGAGGACCGCCGGCUGAUUGGACAGCUCAACCUCAAAGAUAAAACUCUCAUCACAGCGAAGCUCACGCAGGUCAGCACCAACAUGCCCUCCAGCCCCGACAGCUCGUCCGACUCGUCCACCGGCUCGCCCGGGAACCACACAAACCACUACAGCGACGGCCCGAACCCCGAGGUGGAGAGCUGCUUGCCAGGAGUGAUCAUGUCGCUGCAUCUGCGCUACAUCUCCUUCUUGUGGCAGAUCGCUGAUCUGGGCUGCACCCUGAGCAUGCCGUUACUGCGAGACGGAGCUCGAGUGCUCAUGAAGCUCAUGCCUCCAGAUAACACUACAGUGGAGAACCUGCGAGCGAUCUGUUUGGAUCACGCUAAGCUGGGAGAGAACAGUCUGAGUCCCACUCUGGAUUCACGCUUCUUUGGCCCGUCCGCUUCACAAGUGCUCUACCUCACCGAGGUGGUGUAUGCGCUGCUGAUGCCAGCCAGUGGAACUCUGGGAGACGACGCCAGUGGCUUCCAGUGCAACUUCCUGAAGAGUGGCGGUCUGCCUCUGGCUCUGGGCAUGCUCACCAGGAACAACUUCCUUCCCAGUGCGGACAUGGAGACGCGGCGCGGCGCUUACCUGAACGCCCUGAAGAUCAGCAAGCUCCUGCUGACCGGCGUGGGGUUCGGACACGUGAAGGCCGUGGCGGAGGCCUGCCAGCCGCUGGUGGAGGGAACCAGCCCCGCGUCUCCGAUAAAUCAGGCGACCCAUGAACAGGCUCUGGUGCUGCAGAACGCUCUCCAGAGCAUUCCCAAUCCCGCCUCCGAGUGCAUGCUGCGCAGCGUGUCCCUCCGGCUGGCCCAGCAGAUCUCUGACGAGAACUUCUUCCAGGCCUCAAAGUACAUCCCGGAUAUCUGUGUGAUCCGCGCCGUGCAGAAGAUCGUCUGGGCUUCCGGUUGUGGGACGGUGCAUCUGGUCUUCAGCUCGAACGAAGAGAUCAGCCAGAUCUACGAGAAGACUAACGCAGGUAACGAGCCGGACGCUGAAGACGAGCAGGUGUGCUGUGAGGCGCUGGAGGUCAUGACCUUGUGUUUCGCUCUGCUCCCUACGGCCCUCGACACGCUCAGCAAAGAGAAAGAGCUGACCGAUGACUUCAUCUUCCCGGCGUCUAACGUGUUUCUGCAGUUCGUGAAGAGCGCCGAGUUCCCGGCGGAGCAGGCUAUACCGGUGUGCAGCAGUCCUGCGUCUAUAAACGCCGGCUUCGAGCUGCUGGUGGCGCUCUCUGUCGGCUGCGUGCGGAACCUCAAGCAGAUCGUCAACACGCUCACAGACAUGUACUAUCUAGGUUGUGAGGCGCUUACAGAGUGGGAGUAUCUGCCUCCGGUGGGGCCGCGGCCGACUAAAGGCUUCGUGGGUCUGAAGAACGCAGGAGCCACGUGCUACAUGAACUCCGUGAUCCAGCAGCUUUACAUGAUCCCGCCCAUCCACAACGCCAUCCUGGCCAUCGAAGGCACUGGCAGCGACAUCGAUGACGACGACACGUCCGGAGACGAAAAGCAGGACAACGAGAGUAAUGUGGACCCCAGGGAUGAUGUGUUCAGUUAUCAUCAGCAGUUUGAUGACAAGCCCUCUCUCAAUAAGGCCGAGGACCGUCAGGAGUACAACAUCGGAGUGCUGUGGCGUCUGCAGGUCAUCUUCGGUCACCUCGCCGCGUCCCGUCUGCAGUACUACGUGCCCAGAGGCUUCUGGAAACAGUUCAGGUUAUGGGGGGAGCCGGUGAAUCUGAGAGAGCAGCACGACGCGCUGGAGUUCUUCAAUUCCCUGGUGGACAGUCUGGAUGAAGCACUGAAAGCCCUCGGCCAUCCCAGCAUGCUCAGCAGGAUCUUGGGCGGCUCGUUUGCAGACCAGAAGAUCUGUCAGGGUUGUCCUCACAGGUAUGAGUGUGAGGAGUCCUUCACAACACUGAAUGUAGACAUCAGGAACCACCAAAACCUCCUUGACUCUUUAGAACAGUACGUCAAAGGGGAUCUUCUCGAAGGAGCCAAUGCAUACCACUGUGAGAAGUGCAACAAAAAGGUGGACACGGUGAAGCGUCUCCUCAUCAAGAAGCUCCCGCCGGUGUUAGCCAUCCAGCUGAAGCGCUUCGAUUACGACUGGGAGCGCGAGUGUGCGAUUAAGUUCAACGAUUACUUCGAGUUCCCUCGUGAGCUGGACAUGGAGCCCUACACGGUGGCAGGCGUGGCGAAGCUGGAGGGUGACGAGGUUCCGCCGGAGAGCCAGGUCAUCGCUGAGAACUCUGAUCCGAACAGCAGCUCCCGCUAUCGGCUCGUGGGUGUGCUGGUGCACUCGGGGCAGGCCAGCGGCGGACACUACUACUCUUAUAUCAUGCAGCGGCACUGUAAUGGCAGCGACGGACUGAAGGACUGCUGGUACAAGUUUGACGACGGCGACGUGACGGAGUGUAAGAUGGACGAUGACGAGGAGAUGAAGAACCAGUGCUUCGGUGGAGAGUACAUGGGCGAGGUGUUCGACCACAUGAUGAAGCGCAUGUCGUACCGGCGGCAGAAGCGCUGGUGGAACGCCUACAUUCUGUUCUACGAGCGCAUGGACGCAGCAGGGGGCGACGGAGAGCUGCUGAAGUACAUCUCCGAGCUGACGCUCGCGCCCCGGACGAACCAGCCUAAAAUGCCCUUGGCCAUCGAGGCCAGCGUUCGCAAACAGAACGUGCAGUUCAUGCACAGCCGCAUGCAGUACAGCCUCGAGUACUUUCAGUUCGUUAAGAAACUGCUGACCUGCAACAGCGUCUACCUGAACCCUCCUCCAGGUCAAGAUCACCUUUUACCAGAAGCUGAAGAAAUAGCGAUGAUUAGUAUACAGCUUGCUGCUAGGUUUCUGUUCAGCACCGGAUUCCACACAAAGAAAGUCGUCCGAGGCCCUGCUACUGACUGGUACGAUGCCCUGUGCAUCCUAUUGCGUCACAGCAAGAACGUCCGCAGCUGGUUUGCACACAACGUCCUCUUUGCCUUCCCCACGCGCUUCUCCGAGUACCUGCUGGAGUGUCCGAGUGCGGAGGUGCGCGGAGCUUUUGCCAAACUGAUGGUGUUCAUCGCACACUUUUCCCUGCAGGACGGACCCUGCCCUGCUCCGGUCACCUCGCCCGGCUCGUCCACACAGGCCUGUGACAGUGUGACCCUGAGUGACCAUCUGUUGCAUUCGGUGCUGAACUUACUGAGAAGAGAAGUGUCCGAACACGGCCGUCACCUCCAGCAGUACUUCAACCUCUUCGUCAUGUACGCCAAUCUGGGUCUGGCAGAAAAGACACAGCUGCUGAAGCUGAGCGUUCCAGCCACGUUCAUGCUGGUGGCGCUAGACGAGGGUCCCGGGCCUCCCAUCAAGUAUCAGUACGCAGAGCUCGGCAAACUCUACGCGGUGGUUUCGCAGCUGGUGCGCUGCUGUGACGUGUCGCCGCGCAUGCAGUCCUCCAUUAACGGUAACCCACCUCUGGCCAAUCCAUACGGCGACCCCAGCCUCACGGCUCCCAUCAUGCCCCUGCAGCAGCUGGUGACCGAAACCCUGUUUGUGCGCACCAGCUACGUGAAGAAGAUCAUUGAGGACUGCAGCAAUUCUGAGGAGACGGUGAAGCUGCUGCGCUUCUGCUGCUGGGAGAACCCACAGUUCUCCUCCACGGUCCUCAGCGAGCUGCUCUGGCAGGUGGCGUAUUCCUACACCUAUGAGCUGAGGCCUUACCUGGAUCUCCUGCUGCAGAUCCUCCUGAUUGAGGACUCGUGGCAGACGCACCGGAUCCACAAUGUUUUGAAGGGCAUCCCUGAUGACCGAGACGGGCUCUUUGACACCAUCCAGCGCUCCAAGAACCAUUAUCAGAAACGGGCCUAUCAGUGCAUUAAAUGCAUGGUGGCCCUCUUCACCAACUGCUCUGUGGCUCAUCAGAUCCUGCAGGAGCCAGAUGAUCAGGAAGCACCUGAUGAGCACGACUCGUCGCCGCCGGAGGACACUGCGCUCUAUCCUCAUUCUCCAGGAACACAGUAUCAGCAGCCGAAUAACCAGCCCUACACCGGCCCGGCCGCCCAGCACAUGAAUAACCCGCAGCGGCCCCAAGAAAGCUGGGAGGGAACUGACGAGGUCCCUCCAGUCCAGACUAACGAGUAGCAGUCGCCCACACCUUGCCUCGAGACCGCAUCCGCUCGCCUCCAGGACCGAGACCAGGCCUUAAAGCCCCGGAGCGGAGCCGCACUCUCUGCCAGCGCCGACGGCCAUCUCCAUUCUCCAUCUGUCUGUGAUGAUGACCCUGGAGCGACGCGGGUGCCUGCAGAGUCUGGUGCGCAGACGCAGACGCAGUCUUGGUGUGAACCGUCGCUGUAGCGGAUGGUGCAUGUGUGCAAACCUCUGGAUCCCCUCCAGCUCCAUCAUCAUCUUCAUCAUCAUCAUCAUCAUCUGAGAAUACCUCAGCAGCCGAAUGAAGGGAAACCCGAGGCUUUGUGGUAUGCGUUUGCUGCGUCAGCGUGGACCGUUGCGGACAAACGCUGCAUCCUCAUGACUCUCCGUGGGGUCAACUCGGUGUCGCUCUACUGAUUUAGACGCUAUUGAAAGCUUUGAUUUGUUUUGUUGUUCUGUUAGGAGUGUGAUCUUCUGUUAGGGUCUUGAACACCACUGCUGCUGGCUCACUUUGUCACCCAUCCGCUUCAACCUCUUUUAUGUUGGUGUGACAAAGUGGCUGCAGAUUGGCACAUUUACUCCACAGACUACAUUCUCUCCGGCACUCGAGUCCAUGUUUCAUUUGUAUUGUCAGCGGGCUGGAAAGUGUAAUAACUCGUCUUAUUUUCUCACUGUUGAAUGGAAUUUCAGUUGCCCUAGUUCUGAGUCUGCCUCUUGGCUCCUCCCACUUCCUCUGUCCCCGUCCAAUGAAAACGCAGCCACGGCCACACUGCUCUGUAUCCGGGGAGAUCAUCAGGAUGCAUUCAUCAGCUGGAUUUAUAAAGUGUGGCUCUUUUGUCUGAAUACCAAAAUCACCAUAUUCUGUUUUGCCGUUUUCUUUAAUAGAGGUUAUUUUGUUGAAUUUGAGAAGAAAGAGUUUGAGCGUUUGAAUGCAAAGGCCUUGUCCUUGUGUUGUUAUUUUUAAGAGGAUAUUUAAUGUACAGAGUUCUGUUUUUGCCGAGCGUUGUUUACGGCGUGAGGUUGUAUUCUGGAGCUGCUUUAGCCAUGUGAAGUUUUCACUUGAAGUCUUUCUUUUUCUGCACAGACAUGUAAUAACAGAAGCAUUGCACCACUAGAAACAAUAAAUUAAACAUUUAAAUGCAAGCAUGACUUUUUAUUAGCUUUCCGAUGGUUUCUAUAAGAAGGUACGGUUUGUAAAUCCCCGAAGCACGCAGAAACACUCGGGGCUGCGUUUAUCAAAAGCAUCGUAAGCCUAAAUUGAUCGCAGAACCAUUGUCACCAAUAGAGCUACGGUCAACUGAGGCUUACGAUGCUUUUGAUAAACGCAGCCCAGACCUGAGACACACUUGUGCUCGUUAAAGCAUUGUGUCCUGAAACAUCUGCCAAAACCCAUCCUAACAAAGACUGAACGGCCCUGAAUGGGUUGUGAGCGGGUUAAACCAUCUAAACUAGCACUACAGGUCAUCCUUCUCUCAGAAUACAGAGAGGAUCUCACAAGCUUCGUUUGCUCCAUUUUUGUAAACGUCUCAUCAGGAUGACAUUUGCCUUCUGCUUUGUUUUUGCUCUUUCAGGUUUGAUCGAGUCUAAAGCUCUUCUUGUGAACCGUGCAUGGAUAAUAUUCCUCGAUCGGCCUUCGAGCACUGUACAAACCCAGCACACUGUAAAAUUAUACUUUAAAGGUAAAAAAUAAAUGGUAUUUGAAUUA